CUGUUGUGCUGAGGAAGAAAACGGCUCCCUGCUCCUUCUUUUUUUUUUUUCUUUUUUUUCCCUCUCCUUUCUUCUUGCCUGAAUUAGAAGCUCCAGGAAUGCGCUAAUUGGCGGCGGCCUCUUCAGAAAGGAAAAUGGGUCUUGUUAUGUGAGGACGUUGAGGAAACAGUCCCCAGCUACCGAGAGGAAGAAAGGCCGGUGGGACAUACUCAGAUCGAGGGAUUUUAAUGGCUUUCAGGUAGAAGCCAAGUGGAGACAAUCAAAAUGAAUUCUAUGGACAGGCACAUACAGCAGACCAAUGACCGGCUGCAGUGCAUAAAACAGCACUUACAGAACCCUGCAAACUUCCAUAAUGCAGCAACAGAGCUCCUGGACUGGUGCGGAGACCCCAGAGCCUUCCAGAGACCGUUUGAGCAGAGCCUGAUGGGUUGUUUGACGGUGGUUAGUCGAGUGGCAGCUCAGCAAGGAUUUGACUUGGACCUUGGAUACAGGCUACUGGCAGUAUGUGCAGCCAACAGGGACAAAUUCACUCCAAAAUCAGCUGCGCUGCUUUCGUCGUGGUGUGAGGAGCUGGGACGGCUCUUGCUGCUUCGCCACCAGAAAAGCCGGCAGAACGAUCCUCCAGGGAAGCUACCCAUGCAACCCCCCAUGAACUCUAUGAGCUCCAUGAAACCCACCCUCUCUCAUAGUGAUGGGUCUUUCCCUUACGAUUCUGUUCCCUGGCAGCAAAAUACCAACCAGCCUCCAGGCUCUUUAUCGGUGGUCACCACAGUAUGGGGUGUGACUAACACCUCUCAAAGCCAGGUGCUGGGAAAUCCAAUGGCAAAUGCUAAUAACCCUAUGAACCCAGCAGGAAAUCCCAUGGCUUCUGGGAUGACUACCAGCAACCCUGGAAUCAAUUCCCCUCAGUUUGCUGGACAGCAGCAACAAUUUUCAGCCAAGGCAGGCUCCACUCAGCCGUACAUACAGCAGGGCAUGUAUGGGCGACCCAAUUAUCCUGGAAGUGGAGGCUUUGGUGGCAGUUACCCUGGAGGCCCAAAUACUCCGGCAGGAAUGGGGAUCCCCCCACACACGAGGCCGCCAGCUGAUUUCACCCAGCCAGCUGCAGCUGCUGCUGCUGCUGCAGGUGCAGCGACAGCUACAGCUACAGCUACUGUGGCAGCCCUUCAGGAAACCCAGAAUAAGGACAUGAACCAGUAUGGACCGGUUUGUUCCUCUUUCCAGAUGGGUCCAACUCAGGCUUACAACAACCAGUUUAUGAACCAGCCUGGUCCUCGUGGCCCUGCUUCUAUGCCAGGCAACAUGAACCCAGCAAGCAUGGGAGCAGGAAUGACGCCUUCCAGUAUGAGUGGGCCACCCAUGGGCAUGAACCAGCCUCGGCCUCCUGGAAUGAGUCCCUUCAGCACCCAUGGGCAGAGGAUGCCUCAGCAAGCCUACCCAGGCCCACGCCCCCAGUCUUUGCCUAUACAGGGCAUAAAGAGACCGUACCCAGGAGAGCCGAAUUAUGGAAACCAGCAGUAUGGACCAAAUAGCCAGUUUCCAAAUCAGCCUGGUCAGUACCCCACUCCCAACCCUCCAAGACCCCUUACGUCUCCCAACUAUCCUGGACAGAGGAUGCCAAGCCAGCAAAACACAGGGCAGUACCCUCCUCCAACGGUCAACAUGGGGCAGUAUUACAAGCCAUCAAGGCCUGUACCUGUGGCAAAUUACCCUCAUUCACCUGUUCCAGGAAACCCCACGCCACCUAUGACUCCAGGGAGCAAUAUUCCUCCAUACCUGUCACCUAACCAGGAUGUCAAACCACCAUUCCCACCUGACAUUAAACCAAAUAUCAAUGCUUUACCACCACCUCCAAAUGCUAAAGGGAAAGUUCACGCUUUCUCUCCCUCUUCGAUCCCAGCCAACCACAAUGAUGAGCUGCGUCUGACGUUUCCCGUGAGAGAUGGUGUUGUACUGGAGCCCUUCCGGCUGGAACACAACCUGGCAGUCAGUAACCAUGUCUUUCACUUACGGCCAACUGUUCAUCAGACGCUGAUGUGGAGGUCUGACUUGGAAUUACAGUUCAAGUGCUAUCACCAUGAAGACAGACAAAUGAACACAAACUGGCCAGCUUCAGUCCAGGUCAGCGUUAAUGCAACCCCACUUACCAUCGAACGUGGCGACAACAAGACAUCUCAUAAACCUCUGCACCUAAAGCACGUCUGCCAGCCAGGAAGAAACACGAUUCAAAUUACAGUCACAGCGUGUUGUUGUUCACACUUGUUCGUGUUGCAGUUAGUACACCGGCCAUCAGUUCGCUCCGUACUUCAAGGUCUACUAAAGAAACGCCUCCUCCCAGCAGAACAUUGUAUCACUAAGAUAAAGAGGAACUUCAGUAGCGUAGCAGCUUCCUCUGGCAACGCGACACUAAAUGGCGAAGAUGGAGUAGAGCAAACUGCUAUUAAAGUGUCUCUGAAGUGUCCGAUCACAUUCCGGCGGAUUCAGCUCCCAGCAAGGGGUCAUGAUUGCAAGCAUGUGCAAUGCUUUGAUCUGGAAUCUUACUUGCAACUGAACUGUGAAAGAGGAACUUGGAGGUGUCCGGUAUGCAAUAAAACGGCUCUGCUGGAGGGCUUGGAGGUUGACCAGUAUAUGUGGGGUAUUCUGAACGCUAUACAAAACUCAGAGUUUGAAGAAGUUACCAUUGAUCCAACUUGCAGUUGGAGGCCGGUCCCUAUAAAGUCAGAUAUUCACAUCAAAGAUGACCCAGAUGGCAUUCCCUCAAAAAGAUUUAAGACCAUGAGUCCAAGCCAGAUGAUCAUGCCAAAUGUGAUGGAGAUGAUUGCAGCUUUGGGUCCUGGCCCAUCACCUUACCCAUCCCUACCCCCUCCUCCAGGAGGCAACAACUCCACUGAAUAUGGUAACCAAGGCAACAGUUACCAAGGUCAUGGCAAUUUUGACUUCCCACACGGGAAUCCCGGUGGCACGUCUAUGAAUGACUUCAUGCAUGGGCCACAGCUGUCACAUCCCCCAGACAUGCCGAGCAGCAUGGCAGCUCUCGACAAACCUCUCAGCCACCCCAUGCAGGAAUCUAUCCCUCAUCCCGGCAGCACUGAUCAGUCCCAUACUUCCAUGCAGCAAGGUUUGCACGUCCCUCACCCCAGCAGCCAGUCAGGGCAGCCAUUACAUCACAGCGGGCCUCCUACCCAGCAGUCCCGGCAGCCGCCCCCGGCCGCUUCUAGCAACCAUCCACACAGUGACCUGACCUUUAAUCCCUCCUCAGCCUUAGAGGGUCAGGCUGGUGGACAGGGAGCACCCGACAUGCCGGAGCCCUCGCUGGAUCUGCUUCCAGAACUCACAAAUCCAGAUGAGCUGCUUUCGUACCUGGAUCCUCCUGAUUUGCCAAGCAAUAGCAAUGAUGACCUUCUGUCUCUCUUUGAGAACAACUGAAACCAUAUGUAUUCUCCCAUCCCUUGCACUUGUUCACAUGUGUGUGGCUGCACAGCGAGGAAUCUUAACACUCCUUUUCCACAAGAGAAGAAAAAAAACUCACAACUUGAUCCAAUGGUGCACUCCCUGCUUUCUUCAUCUCAGAACUGCUUUAGUCAGCUUCAAAGACUGCGAAAGUGAUGGGAGGAAAAAAAUACAAAAAAAACAAACAAAUAAAUGCAGUAAUCUCCGAGUCUGCCGUGCUACACGUGACAAAGAAGCAUAGACAGUUGUGCAGCUAUUGGAAACCCCAUUUGUUGUUCAUCCUCUAGAGAGAGAGUUCUGUGAUAAACAUAGUGUGAAGUAUCUUGGCAAAAACGAAUCUUGGCAAGGGAAGAAAAGGCAACAAAAUGGAACUGUCUUUAAUUGACCCGUCUCAGAGUGUCCUUCCAACGCGUGUUCUUCCAUUUUUUUGAAACUGUAUCUCCCUCCACCCCACCUCCCCUCUGCCCCCCUCCAACCACAGGUUUGCGUUGGAGCGAUUGUCCUGGCCACACACAAAAAGAAAAACAAAAACACGUACAAAGCUCAAAAAAGCACAAAUCCUACAGUCGAGUGGCAAAGAUAGGGAAGACAUACAGGCCCGUCAGAGGGAGCCAGCAGUUUAGCUAAUGCGACUUCAGUAGCGGAGUCCUGAGAAUCUCCAGGCUGCAGCCGUGGGUGUUGGUAUUUCUGCAAGCGCAGGAAUCUUAGCCACCUCUUUGCAGAGGGUUCCUCUGGCCAAACACACAGAUUGGAAACACCCAGGAAAAAUUUAAAAAAAAAAAAAAAGUUUGCAAGGUUUAGGGAUUUUUUGUGGUUUUGGUUUCAAAUCGGUACCAUUUGUGGCUGCGUUAACAUCCAGCUGUUGAGAUUGCUGUAAUAGAUCUUUUUGCUGUGUAUGUCGUACGGAAUGGAAAAGAGAGGGAGGGGGGAUGCAAACCAAACUGUUCCUGAUUAUUACCUACAGCCUUCGGUGCCCCGAGCGUUGGUGUCACUGUCUGUACUGCACAAUACAUAGUAAGACAAGCUGGGUUGAAGGCAGCCAGGAGAUCAUUGCAGGAUGGAGGGAGAGUAACAUCGCUAUCUGCAUAAUUAUUUUUAAUAAUCGGCUUGAGAAGGGGCAUUGACAUUGGACAGACACCUUACGGCUUCAUUUUUGUUUUGCUUUGCGUUCUGUUUUCGUGACUGUUACAGAUAAUUCAGCCUUUUUCUUUUCUCCUCCUUCGGUUUCUUUUUUUAAACUUUGGCUACCGGGAUGAGCUCUUUCUCCUGAAGGACCGGGCAUGGGGAGAAUAAGUAACUGUCGGUAGAUUGCUACUGCCCUCAAGAGACCCUGCUGCCACAAUCACUGUCUUGCCCCUGUGAUCUGUGCUUCUCGUGUGAUUGCUGCUCCUGCAUGAGCUUCCUAUUGCUUCUGUGCCCAUUUCUGUGCUCUUUGUCUCUCUCUCUCUUUCUCUCUUAUAAAUGAUGUACAGUAGCUGUGUAAGAAGUGCAUGUGUGCCAACUUUGCCCUUGUGGUGCAACAUUUCAGCUUUUGCCCACUGUACAGUUAUCGGUUUCCUUUCUUUUUGUUACUAAAGCAAAUUUGACCCUACUCCUUUUCCUCGUCCCAGAUCCAAUCAAACACCCUUCGUUUGCUCGCCACAAUACGUUUUAAACUGAAGUGCCAGGCAAAAUUUGGUUUGUUCCCGUCGGUUUGACUAGAUAGCUUCCUAGCCCUCUGUGUUUAGUUUGCGAUGCUGUAAAUGGCAUGCUCUGUGCUUACGACUCUGGAUUUGCGUUCCUCACCAAAGUCAUAUUUGUAAAUUCUUUGCGGUUUUUGUUUUAUUUUGCUCUUUUUGUUAACGUUUCCCACUACUGCUGUACAUGCGUCAUGAUAUAUAUAUGCUAGUCAGCAGCACCUUGCUGUAGAUAUUAAAGGAAAUGGCGGUUUAGUUCUUUUAUUUUCCAGUAGGAGUAUUGAAUCUGUCAAACAUAUUAUGUAGAGAUGGUCCCACACUUAUAUUUUUCCUGUUUCGAGUUUUUUUAAGAAAGGCGCUGUUCAUUAUGCAAAAUCAAUUAUUUUAAGAAUUGCUAUUGUAAAUAUCUUUGUGAAUAUUUUAGUAUCGUCUUUGAUAAUAUUCAACAUUUUCAUGAUCUGGUUAUACUUUUGCUGGUGUUUUUAAAUACCUUGUCUGAAGAAAAAUAUGGGUCCUUUUUUAAAAAAGAAAAAUGAGGGUUCUUUAACAGAGUAAGGGAGUUGUUUUUUUUUUUUCUUUUUUUCCCCCCGUUUUCUUUUGAUAAAUUAGCCCAAAUUUCGUAUCCGUUUAUGUGAUGAAUGAAUUGAUACAUCAGGCAGUACCUGGACAAUCGGGGCCCAGCUCUGUCGUGGAAACAUAAUAAUAAGUGAUUGCCUAGGGCAAAAAAAAAAUAAAACCCCAACUAACCGACCGGUGUUCAUCGACCGUGGGUGAUUGUGGGCUGGUAAUGGCAGAGACGAUGUUCGUUUGCCCGAGGCGAGCAGAACACCUAGGACCAGCUGUCUGAACAGGUAAAGACGCGCUAAGGCAAGCAGGACGUACGUAAGGUACCGUAUUUAUAUCGCUGUACUGGUGCUCCGGUCCCUGAAGCUGGGGCGCUGUAACACUUAGGGAUGUUGGUGGGUGGGGGAGGGAAACAGUAUAGUAUAUUUUAUUCUGCUUAGAAGUGUCUUUUUUCUUAUGUAGGCUUGACAACCUGUAGAGGAUCUCUGCAGAAUAUUAAAGAUACCUUGGUGUAAUACAUGGUAAUAUGGUUGUGGUGUGGUGCCGCUAUCACACAGUUCCUAGGAAAGACCGUUCUUCAGUUACAGAUGUGUUUUGUAGCCAUUUUACCGUAGUAGUUUCCCCCUGUGUUUUUGCUGCGUUGUUUAUGUAGGUAUUGAAAUCAUUUGCAGGGGCGGCUAAUGAUAAACUGACUUUAUGCCCUUAGAGUUUGGGG